AUAAAAAACUGAAUAUCAGAACUGCAGGCCGGAUUUUCUGUGCAUAUUUGAUUUGCUGAAAUAGCAAUAGAUCAAGAAUUUUGUCGGAAUUACCGUAAUAAUUGGUUACAUAUUAUCCAAAAUAAUUCAGUUUUAAUAUUCAUCGCCAUGUUGAUUAAAGUAAAGACUCUAACUGGAAAGGAAAUUGAAAUAGACAUAGAACCGACUGAUAAGGUGGAAAGGAUUAAAGAGAGAGUGGAAGAAAAAGAAGGCAUACCUCCACAGCAACAACGAUUGAUAUUUUCGGGAAAACAAAUGAAUGAUGAAAAGACUGCACAAGACUACAAAGUACAAGGAGGUUCAGUUCUUCAUUUAGUGUUAGCGUUGAGAGGAGGAGAAUGAUCUGUCAUGUGAUAAUUUGCUUUUAAUAUUUAUAACUUAUUAUAUGUUUCUUAAUUGUAUAAAGUUGGCAUGACAUCAACAACCUAAUAAUGCCUUUUAAUUAG